AUCAGUUCUUGGGUCUAAAAUGUAUCUGAGGAAACCGUGUAAUCUCGAGUAAAAAAAACAAUAACCGAAAUUUGAUUCACUAACCCGAGUCCGAUUUACAAUAGCGCAAAGUUGAAAUCCUUCAGCUUUGUUUCUUCCCUUCUCCUUGUUCAAUUUUAAAUCCCCAGAGAAAAGGCCUGCUGGGCACCAGAAUGCAGAAGAUGGCACAGGAAUGGUUCUCCGGCGGCAGCAGCGGCGCCGGCGACGACUCGCUGAAGCCGGCGUCUUCUCUCCUAGCCGAUUGGAACUCCUACGCCGCUUCCCAAUCCGCCGAGGACAGCGCCUCCUUGGGCCUCGGCUUCGAUCUCGAAUCUGCGGUCCGCUCCGCAAACGACACCGUUUCGGGGACUUUCAGCGUGGUUUCCAAAGGAGUGAGAGAUAUACCUGGGAACCUCCAGUCUGCCACUAGUAGUGUUCCUUCAGGAAAAGCUCUCAUGUAUUUUGGGUUGUUUCUAGCAACUGGGGUGUUCUUUGUUUUUAUCGCAUUUACCAUGUUCCUUCCGGUUAUGGUAUUGAUGCCACAGAAGUUUGCUAUCUGCUUUACACUUGGGUGUGCCUUUAUUAUUGGAUCCUUCUUCGCACUCAAAGGUCCACAGAAUCAGUUUGCUCACAUGUCUUCAAAAGAGAGACUUCCUUUCACACUUGGAUUUUUGGGCAGUAUGGUUGGUACCAUAUAUGUCUCGAUGGUGCUUCACAGCUACAUUCUCUCUGUGUUCUUCUCUGUAUUACAGGUUCUGGCACUUGCAUACUAUGCUGUUUCAUACUUUCCUGGUGGAUCAGCCGGUUUGAAGUUCCUAUCUUCCGCCCUUACAUCCUCAGUAAUGAAAUGUUUUGGGAGGUGACAUUGACCUCUUUUGCUUCUAUGAUUGUUCCCCUGUAUAUUUCUUACCUAAGAUUUUUUGUAAGUGUAGUUGAAACUUUGGGUGCCAUGAGACAGAGUUCUAAUUUGAAACCCUUAAGAUAUGAGUUAUUUUCAUCGGAAAUUGAUAGUGCGCCUUCAUUAGUAAAAAAAGAGAGUUAAUGUUGUGAAUCAAUUGGCUAUAAACAGGUUCAGUAUCUCUACUUAUUCUGUUAUUACUAGUCAAUAGUCAUCUUUUAUUUUUCUAUUUU